UCACAAUAAUAUUUAGCCUAGAGUUCUUUGACUCAACAGAGGUUUAAAUCAAGAAUCUUCAAGGAGAUUAUAUAAGAGAAUCAAGAAGUCGCUGACAACACAUUAUGCAGCCCAGCUCAGCGUCUCUUUAGUGAGUUUAGUGAAUGAUCGUCCAGUCGCCCAUGCAUGACAAAUAAUGACAUAGAAACGAACGCGGCUCAUAGAUCUAUAGGGCCUACCAAAGAGUCUACUUGAAUAGCCAAGGCCUAGGAGGAAAAGAUCUACUCUGUUGAAAAAUGGCUUCAUCAACUUUGAAAUUUGCCAUAUUCCUGGGCUCGACCAGAGAAGGAAGACAGGGCCUGCGAGUGGCGAAGUUCAUGAAGAAUCAGCUGGAAGCGAGGAAUUACCAAGUUGAAUUGUUUGAUCCGCUGGAGCUGAAAUUCCCGUUGCUGGAGAAAGCUUUCCACCAUUACGAGAACAAAUCGGACGCACCGCAGUGGAUGCAGGACUGUGACACAAAACUCCGAGCUGCGGACGCUUUUGUUGUGGUCUCAGCAGAGUACAACCACAGCAUCCCCCCAGCUUUAGCGAACAUGAUGGAUCAUUUUGGUGAAAGUGCAUACGCAUACAAGCCGAGUGGAAUAGUUACUUAUGCUUCAGGAAUCGGUGGUGGUGUGCGAGCAGCCAUGCAGCUACGCAUUUUCUUGGGAGUACUGGGCUGCCUGAGUGUCUCCGACAUCUUUUCCAUCCCAAAAGUGCAUGAAGCACUGACAGAUGAAGGGAAACCCCUCAACGAUCAUAUGAUCAGCGGAGCCGGCAAACUUAUCACGCAGCUGGAAUGGAUGGCUGCAGCGAUGAAGAACCACAGGGAUGCCGUGGGCAUUCCCAAGUAGAUAUUAUAGUUAUUUUAUUUCAUUUUGUUAAAGGUAGAUGUAAAUGUACUAAAUGUACUGUACAACACGGAUAGUUCGAAUUUGUCGAGACUGCCCUCAGAAGUUCGAGGAAUCCGUUGUUCGAGGAAUCCGUUGUUCGAGAGGUUUCUUACAAAGAUAAAGAAGAAGAAAAAAGGGGGCCACAGGUACAGUUCGACGGAUACGUGAUUUCGAGUCUUCUGUUUUCGACCUAUCCGUGGUAUACUGUAUAUGACUUACUUGUCGUGUAUUAUUGUACGUUGAUUAUAUCAUCAUUGUUAGGGAUAUAUCUUAAUUUAUAAAUAGUUGUUACUGCUUCAAUGCUGGUGAAUUUAUUUUAUAUGUUUUCCCCUUCAGUAGUUUGUCAGUACAAAAACUUGUUUAUUUAUUCAAAGAUUACAUGUUUGUGUCUGUUUGUAGGAGGACCACUUAAGUACUGUUUCAUGUAAUGAUCUGUGAACAUUCUUUUGUGUGAUGUACACAUUUUUACCAUGGGUGAACUUGGCCAGUGUGAGUGUGAUUAUCCAUAUCUGACGUGCCUUGAACCAGGGGGAAAAAUGGUCAACAAUCUCUUUAAACAUGCAUUCUCUGUGCCCAAACUACUGAAACCAAACCUGAUUUGUUAAAAUAUUUGAGGGAAGGGAAAUACAAGAGUACAUAUGUACCAUAAAUAAAAACAGUAAUCUAAUUCUUCUUUGGACGGCACUCAAUUUACCCAUACCAACUUCUGUUAAUCUAUUCUAGACCUAGCUGCCUAUCUCUUCUUUUGGGGCCUUCAAGGCACUGAAAUCAAACCAGUCACUUUUGAUGUGUAGGUCCAGUGUCUAUUUUUUACAUUCUCAUCGCUUAUGCCCCAAACAAAACAAAAAACAUGGCUGUAACACUUUUACCAGCACAAAAAUCACCAUUGCACAGCUGUUUUUGUAGGUUUAAAAAAAAUGUUUCCUCUCUU